GUAUCGUUUGUCCUUCUGCUUACACCGUAGUUGUCAAUGUGGCUGUGCUGCUAUCAUGAUGUGUACACUUCACAUCAAAAUACAAGUUAGUAAAAAGAAAGAUUAAUUAUGGGAGAUGAGCAUCCAGUCCAGGCUAACAACACAAGCAGCUCCCGCUGUACUUUCUUCAAAGACGAAUAUCAAUGUGAUGUGAUUCUUACAGUGAAAAGAGCAACAGGGACAUUUUCAAUUCUGGCAUGUUUCUUCAUGCUCUGUUUGAUAUGGCUGCUGCGCCGAAACAACUCUCUAGCUCAGAAAAUGGUGAUCAACCUGACAGUAGCUGCAUUGUUUGACAGUGUUGCUUAUGUUAUGGGAGAGUCUCAUCCAGAAGGAUCGCUGUGUAAUUUUCAAGCCUGGUGGCUGACGUAUUUUGACUGGACUGCACUGGUUUGGGUUUGUCUUAUUACUUUCAAUCUCUACCUGAACCUAGUAAGAGAAAUCAGGACAGAACAUUAUAGAAUACGGUAUCAUGUGGUGGCAUGGGGUGUUCCUGUGAUCAUGUCCACCAUCCCCCUGAUGGCUGGAUACUACGGUCCUGCAGGAGCCUGGUGUUGGAUCACAGAUGAUCAUGUUGGGUGGAGAUUUGGCAUAUGGUACAUCCCAUUAUUCAGCCUGAUUAUCGUCAUGAUCUGCUGUUAUGCUCGAAUCAUCUGCGUGGCCAACGAGAGGAUGCGUUCGUGGUUGGGCACCUUUAAUCCGGAAAGGGAGAGAAGGAAGAUCUCCUUAGCUGAAGAGACCAGACCGCUGAAGUGGUAUCCCUCUGUCUAUCUGCUUGUCUCUAUCUUCCCUCUUAUAAAUCGACUUCAUAAUGCUGCUUACCCAAAGGAUCCAGUGUUUUCUCUGACGUUACUGCAUGUGCUUAGUGCACCGUUGCAUGGGCUUGCGAAUGCUCUCGUCUUCGGUAAAGACACCUGGAGUCAAAUGAGUGUAACAGGAAUAAAGAUGGCGAUUCAGUCUCGGUUGUGUGACAGCACAAGGAUUGAAGAGUACCAUGCUGUAAAUGUAAGAUACACACAUGAGCUCGAUGCGAACUCCGAUUCAGACGAGGAAGACGGCAAUGUCCUCUUCUACAGUCCGGAUAUGGCCUUAAAAGACAGGGCAUCAUGGGAGAAUGUUUAGAGAAGUGGCUUAUUUGUGCAUAUUUUCACACACUCCACCUUUGAAGAAUUUCAUUCAGUGUUUGUUUAUCAAGCUUUUGUAUUGACACUUUUUACUAUAGUUGGAAAACAGAAAAAAGUUGUUGAUUAAAAAGACUUUUUUUGCCUUUAAUGACGGGUAGCAUCAUAGCAUUUGUACUGUAUUAAUGAGGCAAAGCAAUUUAAGCUGUUUACUGCCUUAACGUGUUCCGUUGUGUAUAAAAUCGAAUCAAAGACUGCUUUUUCUAUUUCAUUCAGCUGAAUAUCUCAGACUUAGGAUAUGCUUUGAGAACAAUGAGCAUGUUUUAUUAUCAUAUUUAUGAAAAUGUAUGCUAUAUUUUUGUAUUGUUUGCAACAAAGUUUAUAUAUAAAUCUAUUAACAUUUAUACUGUGUUUGUGUCAUGUUGUAUAAUAGAAUGAGGUAUUGACUUCAGUUAAUCAGCUAAUUAACAUUAAGUAAAUUAGAUAUAAUCCUCUUAGAUGUUAAAUCAGGAUGAUUUACGAGAAAGCCUGAGUAAGAACUGCUUUACAAAAGGGUUGUGAAAGCUUCUCGAAAUAAACCAGUGACAUAAACUUACAUUGUCUGUGUUGUGUAAAUUAGAAUUACGAAACCGCUGUAUGCAAUGCUGACACCGAGUGGACAGAUGUGUGAAUAAUUUGUCAGGAGAGAAUGUUUUAUACUUCUUUAGUUUUAUUUUAUACAAACCAUGUAUUUACGAAAGAGUAUUCAACUGAUAAAGUGUUCAACUGAGUGAAACUAGUACAAAAAGUAAAGUAUAUCACGUUGAUGUCCUUUCCUGAUUAGCUUUGUUAUGUCGUCGUGUCAGCUGGCACGUUUAAUGCCGAUUGGUCAACAGCUCAUCAUAACUGACGAUCAACCAAUCCGUGAGAAGUGCGUUGUAAUGAUGAGAAACGCAACAAUGACGAUACGUAACAGAUUUUCAUAACAGCCGCUGGGCACGCAUAUACUUGAAGAGGCAGGGCGCUUCCGCAACAGCAACAACCCCUGAACGCGUUUCAAGAAAAACUGCUGAGAAAGUAACGGAUACAGUAAAAAUUGUACUUUCUCUUCACCAUGGUAUGACUUUUGAUAAAAGCCAGUAUCUAUGUGGUGCGCAAGAUCAGCUCUGCCCUAAAAGAGGGGGAGCAGAAAGAAGAGCCUGUGCUCACACCAUGUAGUCUGGCUAAAGGUAAGAAGGAGCGCAAUGCAUCAGCUGCUGCAUUAAUGGAAGCUCCAGAGCCUGAAGGUGCUGCUGGGUCAUCUGCUCCGACAGAGACAGCUGUACAGAAAUGUGGUUCAUGAAGUUAAAGGUCACGCAGAAACAAAUCUGAGCACAAUAGUGGCCUCCCCACUAAAUAAACAGCAUCACUAGACAAUAGCAUAUAUUGUGUUUUAGAUGCUGGUGCUCCAACAAGACCAUCUAAGUUUGUUUUGUCUCAGAGAUUCUGCAGUAACAAUUAUAUGACAACAGACCAGAUUUUCUCUGCGUGACCUUUUAUUUUUUAUGUGCCGACUCUUAUUACUUUAUUCUUUUUUCAUCUUUUUUCCAUUAGCUGUAGUUUGUGAAGGUCUGGUCAUCAACCUCUGCCUCAGGGGCGGUUCAGAUCUGAUGUUUAUCUGCAGCUUUUGUGUUUAUACUCAUCAACUAACUGAUUGUACAAUGAGUAAAAACCAAUUGUUAAAUCUGACAUUAUUUAUAAGAUCAUGUUUGUUAUGGCAAAAAUAAAAAGGUGAAACUUUGGUUCUACUUUAA